AAAAGGAGAUUAUAUAUCGUUCAUCGGAUCGUCUCUUAACAUAAUUUGUUUCUGCAUUUUAAUCUUAAUAGAUCGCGUUGAGAAACACACGCGAUACAUUAACUAUACGUGCGCUAAUUUUAUACGAUGAUACUUCGAAAAUACUACUAUCUUAUUUAUUUCGUUAUUAAUCUCGCGUGGUUUGCUAUGUGCGAUGUACCUUCGAAGGAACCAACAGUGCUGAUUGCUAUUUUAGUCAGGAAUAAAGCGCACACAUUGCCGUAUUUUCUGAGUCUGUUGGAGCGACAAGAUUAUCCCAAGAAACGAAUAUGUCUCUGGAUACGCAGCGAUAAUAAUGUCGACAGGUCUAUAGAGAUAUUGAAUAAAUGGAUUAGUUUGGAAGGCGAAAAGUAUCAUUCCUUGAAUGUUCAGUUAAAUGCAACAUCAACAAGAUUCGAAGAUGAGAGAACAUUUGCAGAUUGGUCGCCUCGCAGAUUUGCGCACGUGAUAGAUUUGCGUGAAAAAGCGCUCGAUUAUGCGAGACAAAUAUGGGCGGAUUUCAUUUGGAUGUUAGAUGCUGAUGUUUUUUUGACAAAUUCGAAUACCAUACGCGACUUGGUACAUAAGGGAUAUACUGUCGUGGCACCUGUAUUGAGAUCGGAUGGCACGUAUAGUAAUUUUUGGGCUGGAAUGAGGGAAUAUUAUUAUAUGCGAACGGAUCUUUACGAACCGAUCUUAAUUCGCGAAAAAAUAGGAUGUCAUAAUGUGCCUAUGGUUCAUAGCGCGGUACUUAUAGAUCUAAGAAGAUACGAUUCCGAUCAUCUAACUUACAAGUCUGAAAAAUUGAUCGCCUAUGACGGACCUGAGGACGAUAUUAUAAUUUUCGCCAUAGGAGCAAAUAAAUCGGAUGUGCCAUUAUUCGUGUGUAAUGAUGAAAUCUACGGUUUUAUCAUGGUGCCUCUAGAAAAUGAAGAAACUAUCACGGAAGAUAUGCAACGAUUGACCAAUAUAAAAGUAGAAAUAUUGGCAUUCAACGAUUUGCCGUUGUCGGACGAUUUGAAAGAAUUCGUGACAUAUCCGGAGAAAGACACCUUGGGUUUGGAUCACAUUUACAUGAUCAAUCUUUUAAGACGACCGGAAAGACGUAGCAGAAUGCAUAGACUUUUCGACGAACUUGGCAUUAGGGCAGAAAUUAUCGAUGCCGUGGAUGGUCGGAUUUUGAAUGAGAGUUCUCUACAGAAAUGGGGCGUGAUGCCGAUGCCGGGAUAUUCGGAUCCUUAUUACAAAAGACCGAUGACGAUGGGGGAGAUUGGUUGUUUUCUCAGUCACUACAGUAUAUGGCAGAAGGUGCUAGAGCACGGCUAUAAAAGCGUCAUGGUGCUGGAGGACGACGUACGGUUCGAGCCAUUCUUUCGACAGAAAGUCAAUUAUGUUUUGGCGGAAUUAUCCUAUCUCGGAAUCGAGUGGGACUUGGUAUACAUAGGCAGGAAGAGAUUGGAGACAUCCGAGAGUCCAGUAGAAGGUUCUAAAGUUUUAUUGCAUGCGGCAUAUAGUUAUUGGACACUCGGUUAUAUUUUAUCGGAGAGUGGAGCGAAGAAACUGAUCGACGCAAUGCCUCUCGGGAAAUUAGUUCCUGUCGACGAAUAUCUCCCCAUUCUUUCGGAUACGCAUCCUAAUGAACAGUGGGCAGCUCAAUUUCCUAUCCGGGAUUUGAUUAUUUUAUCAACAAACCCACUUCUGAUUUAUCCGAUGCGUUAUACCGGUGAGGACGGUCACAUCAGCGACACGGAAGAUUCAAAACUCGUGCAAAAUACUGUCGCGUCUAUUAAAUCAGAAAAUCGAAAUGAACUAUGAUUAAUUUGGAGAUCAAAGAGAUAAAAAAAGAAUUUCGAAUUAUCUAGUCGAAGAAAUCAACUUGCGAAUCUAAAUCUAAUGGCAAAUUAAUAAAAUUUUCAACUGAAGUUGAUUUUCUCGCAAUUAUAUUGCUAAUCUACUGCUAAUACAUUCUUAUAUAUGUAUUACUAAUUUAAAGUUGAUAAACAUAGUCAUUAUAAGUAAUAUACAAGCAUUUUUAUAGAAAACAGAGUUGCCAUAAUUUUAUAGAUUUCAUUGAAGAAAUAUAUAAUCCGCUCGAAUUUAGGUUUUAUAUGUAGUUGUAGAUAUAAAUAUAUAUCUUUUUUCCGAUUUUUAUUAAAAGAUAAAUAGUUAAGAGCACUAUGACAACCACACUGUUAAAGAGCAUUGUAUGAUACAGAAAAUGUUUUUAUAUUUUUAUAUGUUGUAAUAAUAUUAUACGAUCAAUAUAUAUCGA